CGCACCAAAAUGAACUUCGAAGAGGCCGAGGACAUCAAUGGUAUCCGUUUUGCGUGGAAUGCCCUUCCAUCCACCAAAGUGGAAGCUGGUAAAGUUGUAGUUCCCACUGGGGUGAUUUAUACUCCAUUGAAGCAGAGAGAAGAUUUGCCUGUGGCCGUGUACGAUCCCAUUUUCUGCUCCAACCAGAACUGUAAAAGCAUCUUGAACCCUUACUGUACAAUCGAUCCCAGUGGCUUCUGGCGUUGUCCUUUGUGUUCAUACCGAAACCCAUUGCCAGCUCAUUACCAGGGUGUUACUCCGGAGAACUUACCUCUUGAGCUUCAGCCAGGCUCUUCUACCAUCGAGUAUAUCACGGCCAGACCUGUCCAGAACCCACCCAUUUUCUUCUUGUUGAUCGAUUUGUGCCAGGAUGAAGAUAACUUGGCUGCGUUGAAAGAAACUUUGAUCGUUUCAUUGAGCUUGUUACCACCCAAUGCCUUGAUCGGUUUGAUCACAUACGGCACCAUGGUUCAGGUGCACGACUUGGGCUCAGAGAAAAUCAGUAAGUCCUAUAUCUUCCGCGGCGACAAGGAGUAUACGGAGAAGCAGAUCAGCGACAUGUUGAACAGGCCAACAUCGACCCCUCAGGGCCAGUUGCCUCAGUUUGCUAAUUCGUUAACAAGAUUCUUUUUGCCUGUAGAAGACGUAGAGUUCCAGUUGACCUCCAUUUUAGAGAACUUAGGUAAGGACCCCUGGACCGUGGCCAACGGCGACAGACCUCUCAGAUCGACCGGUUCGGCUUUGAAUGUUGCUGCUAACUUGUUGGGCUCCACGUUCCCUGGCUUUGGUGCCAGAAUCAUGUUGUUUUCCGCGGGACCGGGCACCUUGAGCCCGGGCUUGAUAGUUGGCCCCCAAUUGAAGGAGCCUAUCAGAUCCCACUCCGACAUCGACAAGGACAACGCUAAGCACUUCAAGAAGGCGGUCAAGUUCUACGACUCCAUUGCUGCCAAGAUGGUCAAAAACGCACAUACCGUCGACAUUUUUGCCGGCUGCUACGACCAGAUCGGAAUGUUGGAAAUGAAGAACUUGUGUAACUUAACCGGCGGUACAUUGUUGUUGUCUGAUGCAUUCACCACAUCCAUCUUCAAGCAGUCGUUUUUGAGAUUGUUCAACAAGGAUCACGAAGGCUACUUGUUGAUGGGCUUCAAUGGUACUUUCGACGUGAAAACUUCGAAGGAGUUGAAGAUCAGUGGACUUAUUGGCCACGCUUCGUCCAUGAACGUCAAGACACAGAACGUUUCUGAAAACGAACUUGGUAUCGGUGGAACCUCGCAGUACAGAUUGUGUUCUGUUUCUCCUCAACACAGUUAUGCUGUGUUCUUUGAUGUGGUCAAUACUCAACUGUUGCCUCAAAACGCACAGAGCUACACUCAAUUCAUCACCCACUACCAACAUGCAUCUGGUACCUACAGAAUUAGAGUCACGACCGUUUCCAACUUUUUAACCAGUGAUGAGCAAACCUUGACUAACUCUUUCGAUCAGGAGGCCGCUGCUGUCUUGAUGUCUAGAGUCACAUUGUUCAAGUCUGAGCAAGAUGACGGCGCAGAUGUUUUGAGAUGGAUCGACCGUAUGUUGAUCAGAUUGUGUCAAAAGUUUGCGGACUAUAGAAAAGAUCAAGAGGAAUCGUUCAGACUCGGACCACAAUUCCAAUUAUAUCCACAAUUCAUCUAUUAUUUACGAAGAUCUCAGUUCUUGCAGGUCUUCAACAACUCUCCUGAUGAAACAGCAUUCUAUAGACACGUAUUAUUAACUGAAGACACUAACAACUCGUUGAUCAUGAUCCAGCCUACGUUGACUUCCUUCUCAUUGGAUUCAGAACCAGAAGCUGUGUUGUUGGAUUCUGUCUCCAUUAAAGACGACAAGAUCUUGUUGUUGGAUACUUUCUUCCACAUCUUGAUUUUCCAUGGUAAAACUAUUGCUCAAUGGAGAAAAGCCGGCUACCAAAACCAACCGGAGUACGAAAACUUCAAGUUAUUACUUGAGGAGCCAAAGCAAGAGGCCGCCGAAUUGUUGGUUGAUCGUUACCCAUUGCCUAGAUUUAUCGACACUGAAGAGGGUGGUUCGCAAGCUAGAUUCUUGUACUCCAAGUUAAAUCCUUCUAUUACAUACAACAGCUCUGAAUUUGCAACUAACAACGGAGCCAUUGUGUUGACCGAUGAUGUCUCUUUACAAGUUUUCAUGGGUCACUUGCAGAAGUUGGUUGUGUCGGGCUCCAGCUAGACCUUGAAUGCUCUAACAUAUUUACUGUAUUGAAUAUAUAUAUACAAAAGUUUUUAUAAUAUCAUGUGUAAUGAGG